CUCCGGCCUCGCCGCAGCCCCCUCCUCCCCACCCCGUGCCCCCGCUCCUCCCGCCACUGCCAGCUCUAAGAUGCCCCGCUAUGAACUGGCUUUGAUCCUGAAAGCCAUGCAGAGGGGUUGGUACAGUAGGCCUCACUAAACUUAGCUGCAACUAAGAAUUUCUCCUACAUCAACUGAGUUAAGGCUGAUGCUCUUGUGGAAUGUGGAUUAAAAGUGCGUGCUAAGUUCCCAAAUUUGAGAAGCGGAGAAAAGUAAAUGUACCACUGCCACCAGCAUCAGGACAGCAAACCAAGGGACAAAGAAUUUGACCCGCUGUGUUGAUUUUGGUUAAAACUGGUUUCACGUGGUGCUUAAGAGACGUUGGCUGGGGGGCGAGAAGUGGACGUCAGCGAAGGCUUUUUGGUUACAAAAUGAGGGCUUCUUUGGAGCCAGCAGACAUUGCCAUUGUGGCCCUGUACUUCGUGCUUGUAAUGUGCAUAGGUUUCUUUGCCAUGUGGAAAAACAAUCGGAGCACCGUCAGUGGCUACUUUUUGGCAGGGCGUUCUAUGACCUGGGUAGCUAUCGGGGCCUCAUUGUUUGUGAGCAAUAUUGGAAGUGAACAUUUCAUUGGGCUCGCAGGAUCUGGAGCGGCGAGCGGAUUCGCCGUAGGCGCGUGGGAGUUCAACGCCUUAAUGCUUUUGCAGCUUUUGGGAUGGGUCUUCGUGCCAGUCUACAUCCGGUCGGGAGUGUACACCAUGCCCGAAUACUUGUCCAAGCGGUUCGGAGGGCAUAGGAUUCAAAUCUAUUUUGCAGCGUUGUCUCUAAUUCUUUAUAUCUUCACCAAACUCUCGGUUGACUUGUAUUCGGGGGCGCUUUUUAUCCAAGAGUCCCUAGGGUGGAACCUGUACCUGUCGGUGAUCCUGCUGAUCGGAAUGACGGCGCUGCUGACUGUGACCGGAGGGCUGGUGGCCGUCAUCUACACGGACACCCUCCAAGCGCUGCUUAUGAUCGUCGGGGCCCUCACACUCAUGAUCAUAAGCCUCAUGGAGGUCGGUGGGUUUGAAGAAGUGAAAAGGAGGUACAUGUUGGCGUCACCGAACAUCACCUCCAUCCUCCUGACCUACAACAUCUCCAACGCCAACUCCUGCAACGUCAAUCCAAAGCCCGACUCUCUCAAAAUGCUGCGCGAGCCGACGGACGAAGACAUUCCCUGGCCCGGGUUUCUGCUGGGACAGACCCCGGCCUCGGUGUGGUACUGGUGCGCUGACCAAGUCAUAGUGCAGAGGGUUCUGGCCGCCAAAAACAUCGCUCAUGCCAAAGGCUCCACCCUCAUGGCCGGCUUCUUGAAGCUGCUGCCCAUGUUCAUCAUCGUGGUGCCGGGGAUGAUCUCCCGCAUCCUGUUCGUGGAUGACAUCGCCUGCAUCAACCCCGAGCACUGCUUCCAGGUGUGCGGGAGCAGGGCCGGCUGCUCCAACAUCGCCUACCCGCGCCUGGUGAUGAACCUGGUGCCCGUGGGGCUGCGCGGGCUCAUGAUGGCCGUGAUGAUCGCCGCCCUGAUGAGCGACCUGGACUCCAUCUUCAACAGCGCCAGCACCAUCUUCACGCUCGACGUCUACAAGCUCAUCCGGAAGAGCGCGACCUCCCGGGAGCUGAUGAUCGUGGGCAGGAUCUUCGUGGCCUUCAUGGUGGUGAUCAGCAUCGCCUGGGUGCCCAUCAUCGUGGAGAUGCAGGGCGGGCAGAUGUACCUGUACAUCCAGGAGGUGGCGGAUUACCUGACCCCGCCGGUGGCCGCCCUGUUCCUCAUGGCCAUCUUCUGGAAGCGUUGCAACGAGCAGGGGGCUUUCUACGGCGGCAUGGCCGGGUUUGUCCUGGGCGCCAUCCGGCUGGUCCUGGCCUUCUUCUACCGCGCUCCCGAGUGCGACCAGCCGGACACCAGGCCCGGCUUCAUCAAGAACAUCCAUUACAUGUACGUGGCCACGGCCCUGUUCUGGAUCACCGGGGCCGUGACGGUCGUGGUGAGCCUGCUCACGCCGCCGCCCACCAAGGAGCAGGUCCGGACCACCACCUUCUGGGCCCUGAGGAAGCGCGGCGCGCCGGAGAGCGCCGGCAAGGGGGAGCUGUACCAGGCGCAGGAGAAAAGCAUCCUCAAGUGCAACGAGAACGCCAACCACAUCAUUCCCAACGGGAAGUCAGAGGAGAACAUUAAAAACGUGAAGCCGGAGGACAUCAACCUCCUGGUGACGUGCAGGGAUGACAGCAACCCGGUGAUCUCGGUGAGCCACUCCGAGGUGGAGACGCCCGUGGAUUGUUAUUCCAACGGACAGGCGGCCCUGAUGGGGGAGAAAAAGCAUGAGGAAGAGGAGGGGACUGACGACAGGGAGAGACAUUUGAAAUUCAUAGAUUGGUUCUGUGGCUUUAAAAGUAAAAACGUAAACAAGAGAGUGGUUCGGGAGGUUGAGGAAGAGACUGUUUGUUUACAAAUGCUGGAAGAGACUCCAAAAGUUAAACUAUUACUAAAUACCGGACUGGUCUGUGUCUGUUCGCUUGGAAUCUUCAUGUUUGUCUACUUCUCUUUGUGAGUGAAUAGUGAACUUUUAAGGGUAUGGCUUAAACAUACAGAAGUUGAUACAGGUCUCUGGAGGUUUUUUGGUUUUUCUUUUCUUUUCAAACAACAUAACCACAACCCAGGCAUUGUUUACGCUAUAAUUGUAAGAUCGACUCAGCUUUAGCCUAUUUCGAGACCAUUUGAAAUGUGUUGUCCUCCCUCUGCUGAAAGCAGAACCUGUCCUGUGGUGGCUUUUUCUUUAUUCCCUUUUGCGUUGUUUUGGGGUUUUUUUUGGUUGUUUUUUUUUUUGUUGUUUCCAUUUGCAGCACUAGCCUUUUGUUUUUCUGUGUAUAAAUAUACCAAAGGCAGGCAGGUGGCUGUGUUUGAAGUCAGGCAGUUACAGCUCAGUCAGCAUUAAGUGAAGAUAACAGGUAAUCAGUUACCAGCGUGUAAAAUCUGAGUGAUUAAAGCUGUGUCAAAAGAUUUGUAAAUGCAGAGCUGUGAUGCACAUUUAUAAAAUAACUGUAUUACCUUGGCCAACUUAGCACUUUUUAAUUGCACUCACUGCUUUCUAUCUUUUUUUUCUUUUUUUUUUCUUUAGUUUUCUCAUUUUUCUUCUGGCAAGAACGGGAAACUGUUUUGUCUCAUUUUAUAGCACUUAAAACAUGAUAGCUCUUACAGCUUCCUGCUUUCCUUUUUGGUUUUUUUUAUUCUUUGUAAGGAAGUUUUUGUCUUUUGAUUUUUUUAUCCACUGUAAAUUCCAUUACUGAAAAGCUUCUGUAUUUAAAAAAGAGAGAAAAAAACUAAACAAAAACAAGCCUGGAGAUGACAAACUGUCAAUGGAGGAGGAGAAAAAAGAAAUAUUCUUUCUGUGGAGUUUGUAAUAUAUUGAAAUAGAAAGACCCCAGAAUUUUUAGGGUGGGUUUGGGAUGUCCCUGGGCAGCAGUUGCAGGGCUUUACCACCUCCAGGGAAAGAAAUUUUUCCUCAGGUUUGAGUGGAAUUUCUUGAGUUUCAGUAAAUGGCCGAAAUGAUUCAUUCAGCUCUCCAGCCUCUGAACCUUUAGGACAUCAUUAGGAUUAGUUUCUUUUUUAGGGAAAACUCUGUACGUAGGUUCUACCACAUGGGAAAAAGAGAAACAUGAGGCUUUGUGUGAAAAACUGUUUUUCACCCUGCAGAAUGGUUUUCUGUGUCUGAGAGGAAUCCCAGAUGCUGCGGGGGGAGAAUGGCUGAGAAGGCAAGGAAGGGGAGAUGGGGGAGAGAGGUGAAAGUGCUCCUUGUUUUCCAGAGUCCUUUUGCCCCACGUCUUCUCCCACUUCUCCUUUCACCGUCUCAAACUUUCUUCUUGUUUUUUGAGGAAUCCCACAAUUCCUGAGCUUGGAAAAGCCCUCCCUGGUCACUGAGUUCCAGCUGUUCCCAAUCCCAACCUCUUCACCCAGCCCAGAGCCCCACAUUCCUUGGACACCUCCAGGGCUGGGCACUUCACCCCCUCCCUGGGCAGCCCCUUCCCAUGAGUGACCUUUGUGUGAAGAAAUUCCCUCAUUCCCUCACUCCCUCCCUCCUCAGAACGAUCCCGAGGGAUUCGGUGUCGGGAGAACGCGCGCAGCCAAAAUCUGUGUCGGCAAUUGAGGUCUGUCCUGUCCUCGGGAUUUUUCCAAAAACCUGAAUUCUUUCCAGGCAGUCACAGCUAUUUGUAGGUCUCCAGAUCCAGAGGAUCUUUCCUGCUGAAGGAUGAGUGGCCAGGCAGGGAUGAGCAGUUCCCAGGUGUGGAGGGUGUGUGUGCAGCAGGUUGGAGCUCUCAUCCCUCCCCAAGCCAAGCUGGAUCCUGGUUUUAGGAGUGCUGAACUCCUUCCCUCUCCAGUGCAGAGUGUUCAUAUCCAGGCUUUCCAAGGAAAUAAUUCCUCCAGUUUUCUUUGCUCCUGAGCUCAUUCAGGAGAGCACAAAGUGGCUGGGCCAAAAUGGGGCUGAGGGACCAUUGUGAGCGUUCACCUAAACCAGUUCAGGGGUCCAGCACCAUUUCCUUGGCACACAAACAAGAACCAAUUCCUGUGGGGGAAACCGUGUUGUAGAGAUGAAAUUUGGGUCAAUCCUGCCUUUGACUGCUGGAGAAAUUUUGCUUUUCCGAUGGUGCCAUCCUCAUGGCUUUUGGUAGAUAAUUUACAACACAUAUUUUCAGAUAAAAGGAUUCACUUCUAUUUUUGGGCUGGUUUUGUUUGCUUUGGUGGUGUUUUUGUAUCGAUUAAAUCUCAUUCAUUCCAAAACUUUGAGCAGAGGCUGAGCUGCUGCACUUUUCUCCACUUGGUUUAGUUGUUGCUGCUGGGAAGUAGAACUACUCCAAAGUGGAAAACUUUGAGUGUUGUUGCAAUAUUUGUAGAGAGGAGUCACCAUACGUGGUGUUGAUGUUGCUACCAGUGGGAAAAGACACAUUUUCUUAUGAUUUGUGUAGCCACGGCUUGCUUUGGGAAAACAUUUCAAAUCCUGUUUAAGGGUGAAAUCCUGGUGUGUGAAAUUAAUGGCAUCUCAAGUCGCUUCAUUAGUGGGCUGAGCUGUGAAGGAUGGUUUGAUGUAAAAUGUAGGGAAUGAUUUCCAUCCAGGAUAAGAUCAUUUAGGGCAACGUUUGAUCACAGUGGGAUGAAGAACAACUUGAGGAGGGUACAGAUAAUUCUGAGUCCAACAAUAUCCUCUUGACAAGGCCGGGAUGCGGCUCAAACUCCCGAUUUGGCGCAGGGAAGGAGACUCGUGUCCCUUUGGAAUUCGGAGCAGCGGCUGGCACUGGGAUUUUCCAGGCUGCUCCUCCUUGCCCUCCAUGUCCAGCGCUUUGCCACCACCUGGGAAUCCAGGUUAGCUCAGGGACCCCUUGGCUCGGCCCCAUCGCCCCCUGUGCUGUUCCCCAGGGUGCCUUACGCGGGCGGGCACGGCCGGAGGAGGCGCUUCCAGCGGCUUCUCCCUGCUCCUUCCAUCCCUCUGCCCCUUCCCCGAGUCAUCUGCUCCUCAAAGAGGACUCUUGGAAUAGUUCACAGGCAGAAUCCCAAUGUCCUGCUGGGUCAGACCCAUGGGGAAAUCAUCCUGGGCUGUGGGAGGGAGUCCAGUCCAUCAGGAACGCACCGCGGCGCUCCGUCUCCCCGUUCAUUUACUCUCCCUUGUGCUACACUAACGAGCUGCCACAUUAAUCACACUGCUAAUUAACAGGCAGGGUCAUCAUGAAUUAUUAAUUUGCCUCCCCACCCCAUCUUUGCACCUGGUUUUGUGAAGCUUUUAAGGAAAUUUCUUUCUCCAGCGCUUUUUCUCUUCAGGUGUUUCGCGCGCUCCACUCCAGCCUCGUUGUCGAGGUGCUGGAAGUUGCUGACGUUCUUUGCUGCAUAAAACCACUUAAUAAAAGGCCUUUAUAAAAAAAUAAAGAUAUUUCUGAGGUUCCAAGCGAGAAGGACUUUGUGUAAAGAGAAGGGAUUUUUUUUUAUAGCGUAAACAAGCCUUUGCUGAGGGGGGAAAUUGAUGAUUUUUGGGGUUAAACACCCGUUUUUUGGUGCAGCAGAACCACAGAGUGUUUCCCACCAUGGACAGUCAGUUCCAUGAAUUUUGUUGCCUGGUCUUUUCCCCUGGGUGGGGCUGGCUGUGCUUCUGUCUAGCAGCAAUGGGUUUAUUUAUUAUCACCUUGAGCUUUUAGGGUGACAAGUCUUGGAAAACUGAGUUUGGAAUGACAGCUUUUUUUUUUUUUUUCUUCUUCUUCUUAUUUCCCUUAACUUAUUUUUUAAGGUAAGAUAUUUGAGUUUUGCUCCUGGAAAUGGUAGAAGCCUUUUAUUUAAAAAAGAAGAAAAAAAAAAAAGAAAUUAAAAAAAAAAAAUAGAGGCUUUUUGAAAGUUUAAGAGUACACUUUGGAAGACUGUUUUUAUUUAAGUUUUUUUAAAUGGCUGAUUUGAUGCUAUUCUCUGCCAAAGUUUAGAGGGUUCUUUUUUGUUGUUGUUGUUUAAUUUUUAUUUUUAAUUUUUUUUUUCCUGAUUAGCUUUUAGGGAAAGGAAACAGUGCGAGAUUGUAAGAAAUAAAAAAAUGGCCUUCAGUAUAUUCCUUAUAUUGUGUAUUUUUUACUUCUCCACUUGUGUGUUCCCUGAUCCCAGAAGGGCCAGGAUGAGACUUCUGAUGAGAGUCAUGAGCCCUGUAAUCGAGGAGAGAAAAGGAUUUAUUUCCAUGAGGUUACAGUGGAGGGGGCAGAGCCACCCAGGGAGCUCUGCCAGCACUUAAGAGAUGCUUACAACUUUAAAACAGCUUUAUUUUUUUUAUAUAUCUAUUUUUUUAAAUCCUGAGAUAGAGGAGGUGUUGGGAAUUGCUCCCUUUCAGAGAACAGGAGACAUGGAAGAAGCUGGAGUUGCCAAGCUCCAGCUUUCUCAAGGAAAUCUUUGGAUUUAGCAUGUACAGAGAAGCAAAAUUACUCAUCUGUUAAUUUGGUAUUCUGUAUGUUCUGUGCCCUUAAAUGUAAUUGUUUUGAAAAUAAAACUAACCUUGUUAUGUGAUGUUAAAAGCAGACUUCUGUGCAAUGUUUUAAUUUUUUUUUGUUGUUGUUUUUUUAAAGAAAAUGUUUGUAUAUAAUUAAAUGGUUUAAUGUGCUUUAAUUGGCCUAAGGUAAAGAGUAGUCCUAGAAUGUAAAACAUAUAUAAUUAGAAUUUCUGAUUUCACUGUGAGAUCUCUGAACUCUUGUUUUAUUUUUUGGUUUUGUUUUUUUUAAAAAAUUUUAUUUUGCAAAGUAGUUUUGUUUUGUUUACAAAACACUUUCUCUUUGAUUCCUUUUCCUGGUGUUGGUUUCAAGGCAUUUGCUUCACUUCUGUUCCAAUCUUGAACUCAUGGUAUCGUGACAUCUGGUGACACUUGGCAUUCUCAGUUCCACUGUGUAAAGUCAGACACUUUGAGCAAAACUGGCGGCGAAAUGACAAUUCUGUGUCUAGGAAUUCACGCUUUUAAAAUGAGGUGGUUAUAAAAAUAGUUGCUGUGCAAAAUGUUAGUAGUCUUCUUCAAGAAGAAAGCAAAAUUUUCUAAUCUCACUCGAGCAGUCUCUUCAUUCAUCAUCUUCUUUUUUAAAGCACAGUGUCAAAGUGAUGCUGCUUUACCUUGUAUCUCUGAGAAAAAGAAAAAAAAUAAUGUUUUUUUAGAUAUCUGUGAAGUAUUUUUGGGUUUUGUUGCUGUUGUAUUUUUCUGCAGAUUUUAUAUAAAAUACCAGUUAAUGAACUGCCUUUUUUCUGUUGGUUUUUUUUUUAAACUCUCUAAAAUACAUUUCAGACCAAAACCAAAUGAUAUCAUAUAGCAUUUGAAACCUGCCUUUUUCCUUGUCCCUUGGUUGUUUUUUUGGAAAUAAGCCAAAUGGGCAUGUAGAUAAGAUCACUAUAAUGGAUCCAGGUCUCUUUUGGUAAAGUGUUAUUUAAAGGUCUGUUAAGAUCUUAUAUGACAAUAUGCUGAAAACAAAAAAAAACCACAAAAAAAACCUUUACUGUAGUAGGAAUAUAGAUUUAGAAGUGUUAAUGAGAUUAAUACAGCUUAAUUAUAUUGUAAGUUGCUACUGUCCUUAAUGACAAGCUUUUUUGUCAUAGAAACGAUGUAUGAUAAAUUAAUUUUGGUCUAGUGUAUAGAAUUAUCAUAUUGCUAUCAAUCUUUGAAGUAAAUCUGAUGCAAAAUUUUCAUAGUUAGCAUUGCUGGCCCUGUGUAUACUGUUCUUUGUAUACUGUAUGCAUAUUAUUUUGCCUCCUGCAUUAGUCUUCAAACUAAAACUCUUAUUAGAGAGUAUUUGGAUAAUUUCAGACUGUGUUUCUUGCAGUUUACAUUCCUUUACCAUGGCAUUUUGUCCUGUCUCAAAGUAUUGUAUGGAAAUGUUUCAAACUUCUGUACAAAGUUUCAAUAAAAAUAGAGAAAGAAAAAAAAA